UAUAAUUUUGAUUUCUCUCAUCUCAUCUCCAAUGGAAGACGCUAUUGAGCUGGUUUUCAUUCCAGCCCCUGGAAUGGGUCACCUUGUUUCUGCAGUCGGAACCGCGAAGCUCCUCCUGCAAACACGACCUCACCUCUCCAUCACUAUCUUGAUCAUCAAACUGCCUUUCGCCCCCGAUGCCAAGAUUAAUUCUUACAUCGAUUCUCUGCUUGCUGAUGAGAAGGAUAACCCUAGAUUGAAGCUCGUACCACUGCCUGAGGAUCUGGAUGCUUUGAAGGGCCACACCGACAAGGUUUCCAUCUUCCGUGCCUUCCUCGAUUCUCAGAAGAUUAAAGUCAGGGACUACUGCGUUAAUGAAAUCCAGAGAUCAUCGGGUUCUUCUGCUAGGCGGCUAGCCGGAUUUGUUGUGGAUAUGGUGUGUACCUCCAUGAUGGAUGUGGCUGAGGAGUUUGGGGUCCCCGCCUACGUGUUCUUCACUUCCGGUGCUGCUAUACUCGGCCUUCUCUUCCUCGCAGAAGACCAUGGUAAAGAUAUCUCGGAGUUUAAGGAUUCCGACCCUGAUCUCAAUAUCUCUACAUAUUCCAAACCCUUUCCGGUCAAGUUACUGCCCAAAACUGGGUUGGACACAACGGAGUUCGGCAGACGAGUCCAACAGGCCAAAGGCGUCAUCGUCAACACCUUCUUCGACUUAGAGCCGCAUGCCCUUCAAUCUCUCUCCAACGACGAGAGGUUCCCACCCAUCUAUCCUGUGGGGCCCAUAUUGAACUUAAACGGUCAUCGGAAUAAUAAUUCUACGUCGGAGAAGCAAAUCUUGGAAUGGUUGGAUCACCAACCGGCUUCAUCGGUUGUAUUCCUUUGCUUCGGAAGCGGCGGUGCUUUUCCCGAGCCUCAAGUGAAGGAGAUAGCCUACGCACUUGAACGUAGCGGCCAAAGAUUCUUAUGGACCUUAAGGAAGCCACCCUCUCCAGGUUCAAUAGGACUCACUGAGUAUACUAAUCUGGAAGAGGUCUUGCCGGAAGGAUUCUCGGAAAGAACUAAAAGUAUCGGAAAAGUUAUAGGAUGGGCACCACAAACUGCAGUUCUAGCUCACCCUGCUGUGGGGGGUUUCGUGUCUCAUUGCGGAUGGAAUUCGAUUUUGGAGAGUAUUUGGUUUGGAGUUCCGAUUGCAACUUGGCCAAUGUGUACAGAUCAACAAGCAAAUGCGUUCCAAUUGGUGAGAGAUAUAGGAAUAGGUGUGGAAAUUAAGAUGGAUUAUGCAAUAGAUUCGAUUAAUUAUAUUCCAAUAGUACCUGAAAUUGUGAGUGCAACAGAGAUAGAAAUUGGAAUCACAAGUCUUAUGGAUCACUCUACUUUCAAUUCUAUAAGGACAAAGGCUAAAGAACUUAAAGAAAAGAGCAGGAAAGCACUAGAGGAGGGUGGCUCAUCCUUUAAUUUUGUUGAAAGUUUUUUUGAAAAUGUCAUGAAUAACCUCAAGUAAUUAAGUAUGUGAAGAUCAAAUGGUGUCAUAAUAAUAAUGUAUUAGAAUGGUGACACAUAAUAAAUGGAUUUAUGCAUGUUUCAUAAUUUAUUAGCCUUUUAUGAAUGUUCCACUCUUGCUAGCAUGCAUGCUUCUAAU